AUGCCGCCAAAGAAGACAGGCGCAGGGGGCAGUGGCUCGCCGUCAAAAGCAAGCCAUGCAGCCCGAGCAGCCGCUCUUCUCUCAAAAGCACGAGCCCAAGCAUCCUCUUCCCCCGCUGCUCAUGCACGAUCUUCCACCACCCCCUCUCCGACCAAACCUCGCCCCUCGACCCCUGGCAGCAGCGGAAUUGGAGCUACUUCUUCCUCGGCAACGGAAACAGCUAUGCCCCUACCUGACCUACUCAAAACACUCUCCUCCAAAGGCGGCCUACCCAUGCGAGACGCGAUGGCAGUGGCCGGCAAACUCAUCAAUGCUCGGGCCAAUACCCAUUUCGCCCUCUCCCAGAUCUCACUCAUCAUGCUACAGGAUAUCGGCAUAGAGUCGGAAGAACAUCGAAAACGUACAGUGCUAGCUUUCAAAGGCAGAAAAGCAGCCGGAUUUACCCCCUCUUCAUCUUCCGCCAGUUCGGCUGCUAGGUCGAGCAAUCCAGGUUUAGCUCCAGACUUUGGCGCAUACCGCAAACGAAGACGGGACGACGACGAGACGCUUUCUCGAGAAUACGGCAAUGUCACCGCACCAUCGGAAAGUCGAGCCAGUGCAGCAGGACGUCGCAAGAUCGAAAUCGAAUAUACAUUCAACGAGAUACUUGAAGAAGAGGCUCUGCGGGGGCGAUAUGCUGUUGUCAAUCGUGCGCCAGUCAUGACUUCUUGGGCAACCAUCUUGCUUGAACGUCUAGCAUUCACUAGACCUGAAGCACUGAGUCUAGCCCACUGCUAUGUCAACUAUACCAGCACGAUACGUGGGAUUAGUCUCGGCAUUACCCCGGCCGCAGAAAAGGAAAGAGCUGUUCACAUAGUGGGACCAAAUCAACCGCAUUUUGAGUUGAUGGGAGUCAAGAUACCCGUGAUGCAGAUGCAGGAUGGUUCCUACCGCGGAAUCAGCGCAGGUGAGGUAGUGUCACCGGACAAAGCGUUUAACUACAUGCGGAGAAGCAUGGCGCAAACCCUUUCUAGUGUGUUUGGAGCACUGACACUGCUUGCUGAUAGCUUCAUGGAGCCCCUCCCGCCAUCAGGAAGGGUCAAAGCGGAGAACGGGGAAGAAGAGAAACCAAAGCCUGAAGAAGCGCUGCCGGAGCACGGAGCCGAGUACCUCAAUUCUCGCGGGUAUGAACUUUACGCCGAGUUCCGACCCUCUACUUCGGGCGAAUGGGGCAAGAAAGCAAGGUUGUGGUACGACAAGAUCCUUGCACUUCGACGCGGACAUGAAGAUGAGAUGGAGGCGUGGAAGCAGAAGGAAGCGAAGCUGGAAGAGGACGGACCGCCAGAAGAGGACUGGUCGGAAGAUGUAGAGCGACUGGUGCAGGAGGAGUUGGAGAAGGAGAAGGAACGCAAAGCUGAAGCGAUGGUGGGGGGUCAAAGGUGA